AUAUACUCGACGCCGUUAGUAUCACUACGAUUUUUCGCAGACGCAGAAAAACGAGGCGUCAAGUUCACUUAUAGGUGCGUGUUCGCUUUAAUUGAUAUUGGAUUCACCAGAGUUGGGCAAUAAAAUACCAAAAGUGCGGAAAUAUUUAACGUUUGUGACGAUUUUUUUUUUCAAAUAAAAUUUGUGUAAAUGAGUGGGUAAAUUGUUUUGUGAAAAAAAAUCAACAUCUAACAAAGCAUGUGGCAGUUAUUCUGUAACAAACUCUUGGGAUUUAUGAUUUUCUUCAAUUAUACAGAUCUGAUGUUGGUAAUUGGAGGUAUGGCAUCUUCCGCGUCUGGAUAUAACUCCCUUCCAGAGAGUGAGACUCUUUCUCCGCUACCAAUGGGAUCACUUGCUAUUCCACAAAACCGUUUCGAUCCCUACUUUGAUGCUUUGACUCCAAAUAAUGUAACAGCUCUUGUUGGAAAAUCAGCUUAUCUCAGUUGUAGAGUUAGAAAUUUGGGAAAUAAAACGGUAUCAUGGAUAAGACAUAGGGAUAUUCACAUCUUAACCGUCGGCAGCUAUACUUACACAAGCGACCAAAGAUUUCAAGCUAAUCAUCAUCAAGAAACAGAUGACUGGACCCUGCAGAUUAAAUGGGCACAGAAAAGAGACGCUGGAACUUAUGAAUGCCAAAUAAGUACUCAGCCUGUGAAGAGUUAUUUUGUGAUACUAAACGUUGUUGAUGAUGUAGCUAGUGAUGAACCAGCUAGAGAUGAAGACACUAUACACCGAAAUACAGAUUUUCCUACUGCUCAAAUUUUGGGAGGACCAGAUUUACAUGUAGAUAAGGGGAGUACUAUCAAUUUAACUUGUUCUAUAAAAUUCAGCCCAGAGCCGCCUGCAUAUAUUUUUUGGUACCAUCAUGAUGACGUUAUAAGUUAUGAUUCGAGCCGUGGUGGUGUGAGCGUGAUUACAGAGAAAGGUGAUAUAACUACAAGUUUCCUGCUAAUUCAACAUGCUGAUAUAUCGGAUUCUGGAAAAUAUUCUUGUAGUCCUUCAAAUGCAGACGUUGCAAGCGUUAGAGUACAUGUCUUGAACGGUGAACGACCAGCUGCCAUGCAGACCGGCUCGGCGGGAUUAUCUAACAGUUCUUUAAACAUAUUCGCGUUGAUUAUAGUUUCCUACAUUUAUACAUCUUGUUACUUCAACAACUUUGAUUCAAAUAAUACAAGUUGGAGGUUAUUUGGAGCUAAUCCUUUAGCGGAUUUUUCUCAGCGUGUUCCACUUCCCUCUUCUCUUCUAUCUUUCAAUUUUAGAUGGAAACCCAAAAUCGAAAUUCUAGUAAGGAGUGUAAGAUAUGAUGGAUUCCAAUUUGGAAGAGUAGAAACUAGAAUCAAUUUAAAAUAAGAUUUCAAGAUGAAUGUAACAACCCAUUGAAGAGACUGAAAAGCGACCAAUUUUAAGUUGCUCUUGCGCUUGCAAUUUUUGUUUUAUCAAAUCAUAGUUACCUCUAUCAAAAUUAGGCUCAGACACCUCAAGAAAUCCAAAUUCCAUAACAUUGUCAUUAUUGGUUAUCAAAGAAUUUUCAGAUAUAAGAGGAAGACAUGAUAGAGAUUGCUGGUGAUUAUCUUUUACUACCUUGAUCCAAAAAAUCCAAAAGCUCGUAUUUAUUAUCAGCUUUGUGACGCUAGAAAUAUCGACUACAUUACCAUGGAAUGAUCAUAUGCCACAAGCUGUUGAUAACAUUAAAGAAAUUUUCUUCAGCCUCAGCCUUGUCUCGUCGUAUGGCUGUCUCAUCGAUAUCAAAACCCGUUGAGGUAGUCAUAUCAUUCGGUUAUGUUUGUUUCGUAUCUGCUUUUCGCGGUCCGACUAUUACUCGAUACGUGUGUUUGUGGUUUGUUUUGGUAUUUGACAUUUUUUUUAUGGUUAAUUAGCAGCACGCUCUUGUUAGGUAUUGGCAGUGACCUUGAUCAGGUUAUAGCCGGGUACAAAUGUAGCAAUUGCUAGAAGGAAUUUUUAAAAAAUGAUUAAUAUAAUAAAUUUUGAUACAGCAGCGAAUGUUGUAUACUCUGCGAUUCCCCUAAUUUGAGAUACUUCAAUGAUAAAGUCUCUAAUUUAAUCAAGAAUAAGAUUUUCCCAGAAAUCCCAGACUCGCAGGUUGUAUAAAUCAGUUAACUAACUAUUGCCGAGAAAUAAGAUAUGUUAUUAAAAAACUAAUCUAAAUGGAAUUUUAUAGAAAAGAAGUUAGAUAAUAUUAACAAAAUAGCCGAUAUGUUUACUCUCUUCAAGCCAGAUUUGUUGCUUAAAUCAGUACGGGAUAUGGAAUACAAUCUUUGUUGUUAUUACUAAUUUAUUUGAGCAGAUAACUAAUUUAGCUUGGGGUGAAACGUCCAUACUGUCGUGAUUUUCAAGUCUCGUAGAAAUCAGCAAACGCAGAAGUCCAAUUCUUCGCAUGAAACCACUGUCAUCGUACAAAUUUUUGAGAUUUGUCCAUACUUCUUGGACAGUUUUUGCAUCCUUUACAUGAGGACAUAAACUUGGGUCUAUGGUUAAAACUAACUUAGCUUUUGCUUGGGCAAUGGUGGUCCUUACCGUCAAGGCAUUUGCUUAAGCCUUCGAGCACAAACACAUUCUCAAGUGCGAAUACCCAUUCGUCAUAGUUCUCGCGACCUUAAAGCCUCGGCACACUCUUCAAAUAGUUAACGGCCAUCUUGCUUUUCCGCGAAACACAAGCGCCCGCGACACGAAAAUAAAAACUGUUUUUCUCCACUUACCGUACUACUGAAUUCCCGAAACUUCGCGUUGGAAACGAUCUGGGCCCAUAACCUGUUGUUAUUACUAAUUUAUUUGAGCAAAUAACUAAUUUAGCUUUGGGUAAAACGUUCAAAAAGGUACUGAAAAAACAAACAACGUAUUGACGCUAUUGAAUGUGUUUAUUAACUACUACUAAAAAGGAAAGAAAACAAAGGAAGGCAAUACAUCUAUUAGGUUGCAAUAAAUGAACAUAGAUGUCGCCACACGGCUCGUGAACUUUUGGUAUUAUUUCCAACAAUCUUCUCAAUAUAUCUUUUAUGCUUUUCAACCAUUUCGAAGAAAUAAAGAAAAUUCAUAUUCUCGAUUCUUCAUUCGAGGAGAUGAAACAAGAUUUGCGAAAUUUGGAAAAUAAUUUAAUUGAUAUAUCCACUCUAGUAAACGAAAUAUAUACUCAAAUUAAUGACAGUAAUCAGAAGAAACGACCCACCUAUAUUAAAUCAUAAGAUAUCCAGGUUUCCGGAGGUUUCGUUAAAAUGGCCUAUUUAAUUUUCAUUGUCCCGAGAAGCCCCACCUCCGCCAACGGUAGAUACUUUUGAGUCUGUGAAGCUAAGGAAGUGAUACAUCCUGUAGGUACCGGUUGUGACCUUCCGUAUCCAGAAAUAAUAUCCACCUUAUUUAACAAACAAGCUUCAGCUGUAUGCAAAUAAAAAAGCUUUUCGUGACUUUCAAAUUAUUAACGCAAAAUCCUCUUUUUGAAAUAAUCUGAGUUUUACACGAUUUCUUACAUAUUGAUUUACAAUUAACGAACUAAUUAUAAAAUGAUUACAAUUGAUCGUGAUUGAUUGAAGUGACUACAACUGACUGACUAAAAAUGUGUGAAUAAAUUUUUUUAUAUAAAUGUAAAUACACUGUGAUUCCAUGGUAACAGCAAUAACAGUAUUUUAUAUUUUUCAAGCACCUCAGAAAGCAACGAAAAAUAUUUUUGUACAGCAGGUCUAUUAAAACCCAGGGCUCUAGCAAGUGAUGUUGGUUCAGGGGUACGAAGUUUAACGUUUGGAUGUCUCUUUAGAAAACUGUAUAACCAAGCUUUACCGGCCAUUUUUUAGCUUUUUUAAAUUGAUCAACUAAGCCAUUGCGUUGAGCUAACUGAAAAGCCAAACUUCGAAAGUCAUUCAAAGUAAAACUAAAUAGUCGCGAUUCCAUAGACAAAAUGUGUUACACCAACUCUUCUUCUUGCUCCUCAAAGAAAACCGGUCUGUGACGCCCUAGUCCCUUUUUCCCUGAAUCCUCUCGUUCAAGAGACUCAUUUUUUAUUUUUUUUUAUUCUGGCUUCAAUAGUUGUGUGAGGUACUUUAAAUUAUUUCGAAGCUUUAAGAUAGCCCAUUCUUCCUUCGAGAACCUCUUCCACUGCUUGGCGCAACUUUCCUCAUUCCAAGACUGCCGAUCGGUUUUUCUUUUAUAUUAUCCCAUCUUUUAAUCAGCCUGUAAAAAACAAAAUUUAAAAUCGUCACUAAAUUCUAUAGCGUUUUUGAUUGGACAAAACCGGAUAGUAUCCAGUUUUACCCGACCGCUUGGUAUCCAAUUUUGCCCGACAGCACAUUAAAAAAUGUUUUUUAAAAUUCUCUCACAAAAAAAUUAGUUGUCAUAUUCGCAAAUGUCACAAAAUAUAGCCACAUAUUUACAGAGUCAUAAAAAAUACUCACCGUUAUUUAUUUCGCUUGUUAAAUCUAAAAAAUUCUUAAUUAAACACCGCUACAACAAAAUAUCAUAACCUUAAUUUUUCAAUCUGUCACUGUCACUCACCACAGAUCGAUAAAUAAACCGCCUAACCACCACCUACAUUAUCACCAGAUCGUCCAAUUUUAUGAUUUAGCCCUAUACCUUAUGCACAUGUUGCCAGUUUCUAAUAUACGAGAUGUUUGAAGACUGAAUAUAAAUAUCAAUUCACGAAAUUUUUCACGUUUUCACAAAGUAUAUUUGAAAAUUGGGAAUCAUGGCGUAAGGGUUGCCAAUAGAUUAUUUAAACUUGCUUGUGUUUAAUAAAUCAUAGUGAAUUUUGUUUACGACUGAACUAAACUAAAAUAUAUUACAGCUGUCCAAAAAGAGUAUCGGGUAUUUGUUUUCGCGCCACAUUCGAAACGGAGCGACGAAAGGGAGUGGGGAGGAAUUCGAGGGAUCCGCCAUUUUGUGGAAUUUUAGUCACGAUGUAACAGUACUCGAGGACGCAUCGCACAUUUUGCGUACGAGCGUACUAUCGUAACGGUGAUUCAAUUGUGACUGCUCAACGUCUGUAUCGUACGGAAUAUCGUACACGCCACGCGCUAAGUGACGAAAUGGUUCAGGAUGUUUGAGAAUACAGGUGCGACAGUUAAAAUUCAAAACUCUCGUCGCCCUCAUUCAGUUCGCGAUGAAGAAACAAUUGAAGAAGUUGAGGCGUCGGUUCGUCGAAAUCCAUCUGCGAUAUGUUGCGACAUUUUUUGGUCCCAGAGUUGCAGGAGUUUGCAGGUUUCAACUCAAGAACGUGGUUCCAGCAAGAUAGGGCUACUUGCCAUAACUCGAAUGACUCGAUGGAAGUUGUGAAUGAAUUAUUCCCUAAUAAAGUCAUUUCGCAAAGGAGUAACAUCAACUGGCCUCCCAGAAGCCCCGACCUUAGCCCGCUUGACUAUUUUGUAUGGGGAUACCUUAAAAGUAAGGUUUAUCAAAAUAAUCUAAUGAAAUAACCCAAUUGAAGGAAAACAUCAGGUCAGAAAUGGCAGCAAUAUCAAGAGCUGUGUGUCGACGUGUUAUCGCCAAACUUCGUUCCCGUUUAGAAAAGUGCCAGCAACGUAACGGUCAUCAUUUGCAUAACAGCAUCUAUUCCAAAUAAUUUUCCAAUUCAUAUGAUAUCAAAAAACAAUAAAAAUUUUUAUUGCUUAUAAAUAUUUUUUGUUCACUUGAAGUUACAAUUACCCGAUACCUUUUCUGGACACCUUGUACAUUAAAUAUUAAGAAACUCGUUGUAUUCUCAUCUACACUUAUCCAGUGAUUUGAUUAAGAAAUUCAAUGAAUUUCAAUUUCUUAAAUAUUCAAUUCUCCAAAUGUAUAAAAUUUAUUGAAGUAAAUGGAAGGAAUACUGAUCAUUUACCUGACGGUAUUUAUUUUUGUUGUUUAGUUUCGUAUUAUUACACAUUAGGAGAAUAAAAUGUUUUAUAAAUAGAAUAGGUAUCACCCAUCGAAGUACAUGAAUCAAACAAUAGUAAGUUUUUGUAGAAUUGCAUGCUUUUUUCAAUUUUUUCUCGUUAUUAUUCAACUGAAUUGAAAAGCAGUUGCCCAUAUGCAUGCAAAAAAAUCUGCCAAUUAUCAAAAUCACUAUUUAAAAAUUAAAUACGAGGUAUUUCGAGCAAUAGUAAUAUUUGAUUGAAACAUGUAAAGAUAAAUUAUCAUAUUACGGGUCCCAUUAUAUACAAUCUAGAGAUUGGACAUUUUUAAUGAACCACCCUGAAUAGUUUGAAGAUAUGGUCAGAAAUAUAUAAAAAUGAAGCAUUAACCAUAUGUGAAUAUAAACGAUAAAUAUAUUGAGAAAAAAGGUUCAUUUCCAAAUAUAAUGUAAUUUAUAAUUUCUAAUGUAUCAAAAAAAUUUUAAUUCACUGCUUAUAUCAAGAUCUUGGAUAAAUUUAAAUGCUUGUAUAUUUUCUUACCUACUAUUUAUAUGCACCAUUCAGUUUAGACACGUGAUUGUCUAAUUCAAUUACAUUUUUUAGUAAUUUAUAUUCACUGUCAGUUAUAAAAGUUGACAGUACAUUUACCAAUGUAACAAUGGUUAGUGGUAUUAAAUAGAAUGUUGGGUCCAAGACACUACCUUGUAGAUCAGCAGAUGUGGGGGAAUGGAGAUUGGAAUCUUAACAACUUUGUUAAAAAUCUUUCGCAAUAUUAUUAAUAAUGAUUCUUUACGAAUUGAUUGGUUUCCGAAUUAUUAUUAUCCAAAUAUUCCAAUUUUUUAAUAAUUCAAACGUUAAAAGCAAAAACUAAUGGUAUAUGGUAUUGGUUAUGAUAUAUUAUGUGUAAAAAUUGUAUAUAUUUAAACGUAAGACUUUUUAUGAAUAGAUUUCAAGAGUUUGAAAAUGGAAAAGUAUUAUCUUUGUACAUUCAAAAUAUUCACACUAUUAUCAACAAGUUAUAAAUAUUUUGUAAAUAGUAAGCAUUUAUGUGAAAAUGUGUUUAUUAUUGUGUUUUGUUGUGAUGUUCAAAUUUUAUUAAGUUGAAUCCAUCAUUGUAAUUAAUUACUAUAAAUGUACAACACUCAAUUUCAAUGUGAAGUGAGGUAUGGAACUAAACAUACGACUAAACAAACUUUAAGUUUCAUAAGUAUAGAUGUAAUUUACUACUAUAAUAAUAAAAUUUUUUGAAUAA